UAUGUUGUUCAAUAUUAUUAAAACAUAGCGCGAAUACAAUCGAAUUUCCCACAUCUGUGCAUGCGCAUCUAUUUCUACGCAUCCAACAUACGCAUUCAGAUGGAUGCAAAUAAAUAACUUGGAAGGAUGGCGGCUACCGCAAGAAAAUUGGAAGAUUGCGAAGUAUGCGAUGCGGCAAAAGCACGGUACACGUGUCCGAAAUGCGAGGUUAGAACCUGUUCUCUCACGUGCGUGAACGUCCACAAGAAAGAGCUGGACUGCGAUGGAAUCCGGGAUAAGACGAAGUUUAUUCCUCUAACAUCAUUUACUGAUCUGGAUUUAUUGAGUGAUUAUCGCUUUCUCGAGCAGGUUGGCAGAUCAAUUGAGACAAAAAAAAGAAAUCCAGAAGUAAAGUAUACACGUCAAGUUGUUCUACCAAUGCAUCUACAUAAAUUGAGAUGUGCCGCAAGCCAUAGAAAAAUAACGCUGUUGUUUAUGCCACAAGUCUUCACUCGUCACAAGGAAAACACUACGUACCUGAAUUGGAAGACCAAUGAAUUGUUUUGGCGUCUAGAAUGGAUUUUUCCACAAGCUGAAAAUACAAAAUGCAUAGUAAAUAGAGCUCUAGAUAAUACAAGAUUAUCAACAUUAAUAGAACAAGUAUUGGAUCCAAUCUCAUCUGUCGAAGAGACUGAUAUUGAAAAGUUGAACGUAAGAUUGGCUUUAGCUGAUAAACUGCAGUUUUAUAGAGCAGUUGGAUUAAGUGGUAUCAAGGUUCUUUUAAAAGCCGAGAAAGUAAAGAAGGCAAUUUCUAGGUAUUAUGAUUUGGAUCUUACGCUUACACUAAAAGAAAAUUUAGAAAAUAAAACCGUACUGGAAUUUCCGACAUUACACGUCAUUAUGAAAGAUCACACAAAUAUAUAUGAGAUUAUAGAUACGGAUGAAGAAACAAGUGAUGCAGAGUAUACAAAUAAUGGAGCGAGAAAAAGAUACAAUGAUAACAGAUUUAAAAAGGAAGAUGAACCAGUAAAUUAUUUCUUCAAUGAUUUUUCGGGAUCUGAUGAUGAAAAGACAGACAACAAAUCAAAAAAGAGCAGACAGUCACUUGAUAUACCAUAUUAUGAACAUUUAGUAAAGAUGUGAAAAAUUUAUAUUUGUUAUUUAUAAAUAUUUAUAUUUACUUAUA